AUGAACAAGAGGAAGCUGGAUGAUGAGGAUGAGGAAAAGGACGACGCCGUCGCCGCCUCGCUGAUGAUGCGAUCUCUCGAUUUCGGUCGAUCCCCGCAAAACGUUGCGGCUGGUGCACAUGACAAAACGGAGAACACUGUUCGGAGAAGCAGAAGCAAGUACGAGUAUGAUGAUGAGAAGAAGGAGUGGGAGUUGGACGAGCAUUUUGUGUAA